CCGGAUAUCCGGUUGCUUCGGGCGCUCAAGGAGCUGACGGAGAGGGCCGCCGCCCAGCAGUAGACGCCGUCUGCGCCCGCCGAGCCGCAGUCUCUGCGGUGUGUGAGUGAGCCCGGCCUCGGUCCCUCUCCCGCCGCCGCCAUGGGCUGCACGUUGAGCGCCGAGGACAAGGCGGCGGUGGAGCGGAGCAAGAUGAUCGACCGCAACUUGCGGGAGGACGGGGAGAAAGCGGCCAAAGAAGUGAAGCUGCUGCUCCUUGGUGCUGGAGAAUCUGGUAAAAGCACCAUUGUGAAACAGAUGAAAAUCAUUCAUGAGGAUGGCUAUUCAGAGGAAGAAUGUAAACAAUAUAAAGUAGUUGUCUACAGCAAUACUAUACAGUCCAUCAUUGCGAUCAUAAGAGCCAUGGGACGGCUAAAGAUUGACUUUGGGGAAGCUGCCAGAGCAGAUGAUGCCCGGCAAUUAUUUGUUUUGGCUGGCAGUGCCGAAGAAGGAGUCAUGACUCUAGAACUAGCAGGAGUGAUUAAACGGUUAUGGCGAGACGGUGGCGUGCAAGCUUGUUUCAGCAGAUCCAGGGAGUAUCAGCUCAAUGAUUCUGCUUCAUAUUACCUAAAUGAUUUGGAUAGGAUAUCCCAAACCAACUACAUUCCAACUCAGCAAGAUGUCUUGCGGACAAGAGUGAAGACCACAGGCAUUGUGGAAACUCAUUUCACCUUCAAAGACCUAUACUUCAAGAUGUUUGAUGUAGGUGGCCAAAGAUCAGAACGAAAAAAGUGGAUUCACUGUUUUGAGGGAGUGACAGCAAUUAUCUUCUGUGUGGCCCUCAGUGAUUAUGACCUUGUUCUGGCUGAGGAUGAGGAGAUGAACCGAAUGCAUGAAAGUAUGAAACUGUUUGACAGCAUUUGUAACAACAAAUGGUUUACAGACACUUCAAUCAUUCUCUUCCUCAACAAGAAAGACCUUUUUGAGGAAAAAAUAAAGAGGAGUCCAUUAACUAUCUGUUAUCCAGAAUACACAGGUUCCAAUACAUAUGAAGAAGCAGCUGCUUAUAUUCAGUGCCAGUUUGAAGAUCUGAACAGAAGAAAAGAUACCAAGGAGAUCUAUACCCACUUCACCUGUGCCACAGACACCAAGAAUGUGCAGUUUGUUUUUGAUGCUGUUACAGAUGUCAUCAUUAAAAACAACUUAAAGGAAUGUGGACUUUACUGAAGAGGGUUGGAUGUUAAUAAAAGUUAUUACAGUGUGGAGUGUUGAGACCAGACUUCUUUUGCUGUCUCAGUGGGCAGCUACAAGCAUGAACGGGACCAGGGAAUGGCAGCAGCAUGCAGAAUAUUAGCACUCUUUAGCACAAUCUUCUGUAUUAGGGAACUCUUAAUUGACAUGAGAUGCUAAAGUCAGACAUUGGAAUUGGAGCAACUGUAAAGUAUGAUUUGAUCAUCAAGACAUCACUUGGAUUUCAUAAUCUCAAAAGUUUAGGGCCGAUGUGAAGUUGAGGUGCUGCAUUCCAGAACUUUAAUAUGUAGCUUACUCUUUUUUUCCUUCUUAACAAACCACCAGUAGUUCAUUUUUAAAGGUUUUUUUUUUCAUCCAAGAGAAUAAUGUGACUAAAUUUUAUUUCUUUGUUUGCAAAAGAAUCUUUAUUAAAACACAACCUUAACUAUGCACAUGAUGUGGCCAGAUCAUCUUGAAAAUAUUCCUCUUAGUAGGAACUCUUUGUUUCUAACUUUGGUAUGGUCAGAACAUAAUACUUCCAUAAUUAAUUCUUUAUGGUUAUUGGGGCUAUGAUUUUAGCUUUUUUGGAUGAAAUUUAUGUUACUCUCCUGCUCAAAGUACCAUUAUGUUUUCUAAAUGGUAAUCACAUUGGAGAGUUCUAUAAGAUUCUAGCUAAGUUUUGUUUAAGCUUAUGGUUUAAGGUUAACCUGGUUUAUGCUGAUUACCAAAUUACUAGGUAAAUGCUGAUGUAGUAUGUAAAGUUAGUUUCUUGGAUACAGACACACCCAGGGCAGCUGUUGAUUAGAAAUGCAAAUUGCUAAAUUCCAAACAGAAACAGUGACUUUGCUGCUACAGAUCUACUAAAUUGACCACUUUGGUUCUUGCUUGUUUGUCUCAGUCAUAGGGAGUUCUGUAAAAGAUGCCCCUUGUUUUCCAUCUUCCAUGGCCUUUUUUGUUGGGAAACAUCUAAAGUGUAUUAACAGUGCAUGCUUUUACUUUGUAAAUGUGGUGCCAAAUCCCUGUUUGCCAUUGUUUUUAUUGUAGCAAUGUUAAUUGUAGUAAUCCUUAGUACCUUCUUUUGCCGAAAUGAUUGCAUUUUGGGACUUUUUCCACUAUGUUGUGUAUACAGAUUUUAAUCUGUUAUAGUUGGCAGCAGUAUUAAAAUGGUGAGUAAAGAGUCCAGGUUUGUUCCUGUUUGUAACUAGUCCUUUCUGGAAAUAUUUUCUUGUUUCUUUUUGUCCCUGCUAAAUGUGCUUUGGCCUUUGUCUCAGAAUGGGUGUAGGUGGAGGGUUCCCUGAAGGGCUAGGCUAGUCUUUGGUGUAAUAGUAUUGUUGAAUCAUGGCCUGACUGAGGGUCUUAUGUCCCAUCUGUGUAAGUGACAUGUAGUCAUAAUCCAUUUUCCAGGUUUACAUUUUGGUUUUGUGGAGAGCUUUUAUUCACAUCAGCCUGCAGGUCCUUUUGUAUAAUGUACAGCAAAUGUCCUUAAAUAUUGAAUGGGCCUUUGGGGGAUGGCAGAUGAAGAGAAUGUAUUUUGAAUAUUCCAAAUCAGCAGUUUGAGCAGUGCCUUUUGGGGUCCAGUCUUUUUGGAUUGGAUUCUGUGUCCUCUUUGAGUGACCUUUUACUAGUUUAAAAAAAAAAAAAAAAAAGUUGAUCAUCAAAGCUGGUUCAGAAAGCAAGCCACAGCAGUUCAGUGCCUUUAUUGGAAUUUUUAUUCUUUUUUGGGAAAGUAUAACUAUGUAGAUGGUAUAACUGUUAUUAUCUAAACAGUUCUUUUUUUUUUAGGGUUGGGAAAAUUGGAUCUAAAAAUGAUCAGCUCCAAUUGGUGAUUAACUUAUGCACACAUAAGUUGAUAGUUCCUGUUCACUUUGAAUAUAUCUUUUCCUACUGUAUCCUGUGAUAGAAGAUCAUCUGGAAAUGAGAACUAGUGGAAUAUUGUUUUAACCAUAGUCUUUAUAUAGUCAGGGCUAAUAGGAUGGUGUUUUGAUAAUCCAAAAUAACAAAUAAUCUAAGUUAAUUAUACUUUGAAAUGUACUUUGUAAUUUCAUUUGAAUA